GUACAGCUGAAAACCCAUCUCCCCGUCAAUACUGCCCAAAACAGAGCGUAGAACUAUGGCUAACAGUGCACGACAGCCGAUUAUUGUUUCGAAAAAAUGCAGUCUAGAGUAUUUAAGCCCUCGGUAUGGUUGAAUUUCAACCACGAUGGAUACCCUUUGGUCCCCUUUGAACAGUAUUUGGAGGUUAGAAACCAACAUCCUACCCCGAAUCAGGAUGAGUCCGCUGAGAUGGGCGUAUCGAAUACGGCUGCACAAAUGCAAAGCUUAUUGACAUUUGGCCUUAUAGAGGGAGUUGUGGAGAAACAUGUUCCCGAAUGCGCAUUGACGAGAAAGACCUCAAAUGGUGGCACCGUCAUCACGAAGGAUGGCUUGGGCCACAUAAUCAAGGAUUGGGCCCGACGGAUUUGCAAGAACAAAGAUAAUUACACACCCUGGCUCGAAAGAGCGCAUACCACACUUAAGCGCGCAAAUUCGCUGUUGGCAGGGCUGGUGAGCUUACAAUUCCGGUGCUUUGAGCCCCUUGGAGAUGAUGCGCCAUCUACCGUUUGCCUCAUUGCUAUGAUUGGUGAAGCAUUGGCGAAUGCAAAGAGAGCAUUUAAACAGAGCCCACCUCGAGAAGGCUUCGCUUGGGGGAUGGUUUUGACUCCCCACUACCAUAGCUUGUUAGAGGAAGAUAUGCUUGCUCAGGGGUGGUGCCCUUCUGUCAUCAGCUAUCUUACCAGCACUGUAUCCGUUUCGUCGCUGGAGUAUGCAGUCUCGUGCGGACCGAUGAAUGAUGGAAAGGAUCAUCAACAUUGCUCCCCACAGUCAUGUGCUACAUAUGUAGUGGAUACUACAACAUAUGCUGCUCAGCAUACAUCCACUUGUCGGUCCUUGCUGGGGCGACUUCGAGAUACAUGCUAUAAUAUUUCAGUUGACUUGCGCGAAGUCGAAGGUCUCUUACUAGCUGGUGAAAUUCCCGUCAUAAAGCUAGACAAGGACGAGGAUGGCCAUGGUUACAAAUUAAGUGUGCACAAAGGUCGUGAUGUGGAAUAUGUCGCCAUAUCACAUGUUUGGGCAGACGGACUCGGAAGCACGACAGAAGACGGACUUCCAGUCUGCCAGAUUCGACGACUAACUACGCUAGUAGGCCGUCAAACCGCAUUUUGGAUUGACUCUCUAUGCAUCCCUCGGGCGGAAAGCGUGCGUAAAAAGGCCAUUGGCAUGAUGGCUCAGACAUACAGCCAAGCCAAAGCUGUGUUGGUACUUGACAGGACUUUACAACUGUGUCAGUCGACAGCGCCCUUAGGAGUGCGUAUUCUUCGCGUCCUGACCUCGGGAUGGAUGCAGCGGCUCUGGACACUGCAAGAGGCUGUGCUGUCCAAGGCUCUCUAUCUGAAUUUCGCUGAUGCGCAAACCCCAUUGAAUGGUUUAAUACCGUCUACCAGCGUUAUGCUACUGUCAUCACAUCUGACUGACUUGGCUGGGGGGCUAUUCCGACUCACAAAAAAAUCAGCUCAUGGAGUAUAUUCUGUCGGUGAUAUUGCCCGGUCUCUUCGAUGGAGGACUACAAAUCGCCCGUCGGACGAAACUUUAGCGAUAGCAAGCCUACUCGGCGUCCAACCUUCUAUCCUCGUCAACAUCAAAUCGGAGUUGCGGAUGAUUCGACUGAUCCAGGAACUGGGGAGCAUUCCAAGCAAUGUCCUAUUUCUGAAGGGCAGUAAAUUGCAAGUCCCGGGAUUCCGGUGGCUUCCAUCCUCCUUUAUGGCUGCCCAAGGUGCGAGUUCCGGCGGGUCUCAGCUGUCUACAGGAAGUCCUGACGGACGGGUAACUCCACGUGGCCUCGAAGCUACUUACUAUGCCCUAAAAUUCCCAAAAACAAGAAUCGAAGAAGGCAAACCUUGGGUACUGAAGGAUACUAAGUGUGAUAGGCUCUAUGAGGUUGUCGAUCCGAUUCAUUCUGUAGGUUCUUAUGAAUGCGGUAUGCUUUUGCUCCCGGGCUGGCUCUUUGCAGCUAAUCCUAGUGCAUGUGUUGCUGUCUCAAUUCUGGGCCAUUCAAGUGAGAAUGAUGAUGGCUCGUUUGUGGUUUAUACUGAGUAUCAGCGGAGGCUUCUCAUCCGCAAGAAACCAUUUCUUGGAGAAAUCACAGCAGCAAGCGGCCCAAGCGCUAUUUCGGUAGCUGUGUCGGGGAGCAUUUGUGUGUGUGUAGGAUGAUUUAUAUAACAUGACGGGAAGGAUAAUGAUUGAAUAGGGGUAAGGGUACAGGAUUUCAAAAUUAUAGUAUUCCAAGAUGCCAGUGGAACAAAAAGCAGAUAUAUAAAAUAAUAUACGACCCAUGGUUCUACUAGAUUAUAAUAGCUAGGGCCUCCAUUCUAUUUCUUUGCGACUUGUCCUUCAAUGGAGUCCCAGACG